AUGUCUUCAAAAAGUACUUUAUUUAAAACGUCUAAAGCAAAGCAAACGAAGGGACCAAGUUCAACUCCUAGUACAACCCUAAGAAAAAAAGUGCUUAUGCAAAAUGCGGCAUCUACACAAAAAGAAGAACCUAUGGCUCAAUCAUUCGUAGACGUGCGCACUCCCAAUUUUGAAAGUGAACUUACUUUUAUGGUACAAUCUUCGCCGACAAUUUCAAAACCAUCCGUAAUUACCCAGGAAACACAAGCAGAAAACGCAGACCCAGAUGACAACAGUUCAGCAACUAUGGAUAUGGAGGCUGAACUAGAUAUUUUAGAACCAGCUACCGAUAAAGCCAAUGGGAAUGGAUACGAAAUAGAAGAGAAGCUGACAAAUAUUUCAUCUCAAGCUUAUGAAGCUAUACAACAUAUUAAAGACCUUCAUUCAGCAUUUGAGCGAAUAAUGAACAGAGAGCAGACCCACGUCACUCAGCCACAAGUCCUGGAAUAUAAAAAUAGCUUUUUAGAGUCACAGUUGAACUCAAUUUCAAUUCUUGUCACAGAAACAAAGCAUUUAAUCAAAGAAUUACAGAGCAGACCUAAUGUCAUAAAACAAACUGAAGAGGUACAAAGUGAACAAACAAAAAUAAUAACCGACACACUAACUCAACAAAUCAAUAAAAUGAUUAUUGAACUGAACGACAUAAAAGAACUGGAACUGAGUCAAAUAGCUUGCCAAGGAAAUCCUGGUAUCGGUGCCGAGCUCAUUAUGGUAGAAAUAAGGGAAAAGUUAAGCGAAAUCCUGAAUCAAUGCUGCGGGACAGCAACAUCGACAAACACACCCGCCACCAACAUUGCUGAGGGUAUUAUAAGCAAAAAAACUGACCGAAAGGCAGAUAUAAUAAAAGAGUCUACACCACCUGGAGCUCCCACGCGCUCUUAUGCAGAGGUGUUGGCGAGGCCUCACUUUGCUCUAAUCGUAGAAUCCGCUGACCCCAGACACACUAGUGAUGACGUGGCAAAAACAGUCAAGAGCCAUGUUGAUGUUGUGGAGCUUGGAUUAGGAGUGAACAACGUUAGAAAAAUCAAAAAUCAAAAAAUUAUUAUAUCUUGUGAUAGCGAGGAUGACAGAAGCAAACUGCAGGAGGCAAUAAAGAACUCGGACCAAAAAUUAACCGCUGCGAAAACAGUAUCUAAACAGCCUUUGCUUAAAUUAGUCGGAGUAAUAAACGAUCUGGACAAUAGUAAAAUUGCAGAUGCGAAAAUAGAUAAUCGAUCUAAGCCUGUAAAGUCUGCUGUUGUUGUCAUUGACCCCAAUAUAUUAAUAAUCGAAGAUAGUAAAUUUAUCACAGAAAAUACAGUAGGUGUUAUUAUUGUAAAUAAAAAUAAUAGUAUAGGAUUGAUCUCGAUAUACUGGGAAGACUAUGAAAACAUCGAAAAUUACAUACAGCAAUUGAAUACUAUUAUUAAAAAUAUGAAUACACCUUUUAUCAUUAUUGGAGGCGACUGCAACUGUAAUAGUCAAUGGUGGGGAUGUGACAAUGAGGAUGCCAGAGGAAUAUUGCUCUCGGAGUUCCUUGCUGAAGCAAGUUUGGAAAUUAUUAAUGAAGGCCGUACUCCUACAUUCUAUACCAUAAGACAGGGAGCAGAAUGCAAGAGCAUAGUAGAUAUAACAGUUUGCUCUGUACCUACUAUGACUAAGAUACUGAACUGGACAGUCAACCCAAACAUAGUCACCACCUCAGAUCAUAGAGCAAUAACUUUUGACAUAUGCAUAGGUCCUGAAGAAACAAGGAAGGGGAUUAGAAAAUCUACCAGGAUUUACAAUUCCACUAAGGCCGACUGGAAUAGAUUUAAUAAAGAACUUAUAACAAAUUUGGAAAAUGAAGGAUUAAAUACGAAAGAAGUGACACACAUACAGACUGGAAAAUAUCUCGAAGACGCUAUAUUAAAAUUAAAUAAAUGCAUAACUAAAGCCUGUGAUAAAUCUAUGCCCAAACUAACAAAUACCAAAUUCAUCAAGAAGAUCAAAUGGUGGAACAACGAACUAGACCUAAAGAAGAAGAAAGUUAUAAGGCUAAGACGCAAAAUACGACAUGCCAACGAGAACAGAAAACCUUAUAUUAUAGAUGAUUACUUAAGAGCGUUAUCUGAUUACAAAGAAACCAUAUUAAGGACGAAAACAAAUAGUUGGAAAGAAUACUGCACAGGACAAUCACGAGAGACUAUGUGGGACAAAUUCUAUAGAAUAUCCAAGCUCACCGAUUUUCAUCUUAAUGAAGAGAUGCUAAAAGAUUCAGACGGAAAUAUAUUAGACCCAUUUCAAUCCGCAGAUCUUUUGGCUAACACAUUUUAUCCAGCUGAUAAUAUUGACAACGACACAGAAUACCAUACAAGAAUACGAGAGGACACAAACACAAUAGAAAGUCAAAUAAAAAUGAUAAAACAGUCUACAGAAUUCACACCCUUCACAACCUAUGAAAUUAGUACGGUUAUUGAAAAUAUUAGACCAUCCAAAGCGCCUGGCCUGGACGGAUUUACGGCAGACAUAUGCAACGCCAGUAAAAACUCGAUAGAGCCGGACUCUUGA